AUGGGAAAGAAGAGGAAGAGACCCAUUAAGGGUGACCGUGCGCUGGACAGGUUGUCGCAGCCAUGCACCUCUCCAGCAUCCACUUGUUUCAAGGGACAGCGCAGCCUGGCUCGUGAUGAUGUUGCAGGGCACUCCCAUCCAGUCAUCUCACUAUACUAUUCUCAGGUUUUAACGCUGAGACAGUACCUUCUACGCCAAAUACCCCUAUCCUCCAAAUCCCGCCGUCGGAGAAUUGUGUCAAUUCGUCAUGGGCAGGCUCCUGUCGAGACCAAUGACGAUGGUGGCUCAGGACAACUUGCUAGUUUCCUUGAUACGACGCUGAUAGGCAUAUUGACCGACUCGCAUCCGACAUGCAACGAAAAGCGCCGGCAAGAGCUAGCUGCAUUUACGCAGUCGCAGUCCAGAUCUGAACAAACCAGCACGGACACUGGACCAGCAUGUGCUCAGGCAGAGCUUGUAGAUUUCGUCAUAUCCUCUCUGUUCAGUCGUGACAAAUUCUCCCGUCAAAGGCCCCUUCAUCUAUUGACCCGGGGCUUCAGACGUGAGAGCGUGCAUCCUGCUCAUAGGAAGCGAACGAUCUCAUGCAGUAUUCCAGGCCUCGAGGUGCAGUUCCCUAAUGACAGUGUUCAGCAACUGAAGCGGGCGCCAUGGACAGAAGUGCUUGGCUUGUUGGGAGACAACGGAGAAGAGAUCAUGCUAAACCUUCUCCUGGAUUGUGGAAUAUUUGUGGCCGUUGAUCAGCAAAGGGGAAUUUAUUUCCAAUUAAGUGGGCUCCCUCUAUCGACGCUUGAACCUGUAAACAAGGUGCCCCAAAGCCAUUUGGCUCCAAAAAGUGCACUUUCCUCUGUGACAAGCAAGCCUGUACCAGCGUCUGAUCUCAAGGAGACGAAAAUGAAUACAAGCACAUCUGACUGCAAGCCGACCACACAGAAGCCAGCUCCUGUUGUCUUCCAUCGCCGACGUAUUCUGUAUGCUUCUCCAGUGCUUGAUUCGAAAGGAAAGAUACAGUUUGGGAUGAGGAGUCAUGUUCUGAACCGUUUCCCUUCUUCCACAUCGCUCGCGCACACUACUCAUGUGUUGAAAUACAUAUUUCCCAAACAGUUUGGCUUGCACAAUGUCUUCUCGAGCGUGUCAAAUGGGCAAGACAUAUUCAAAGAUUAUGCUUAUCGCGAAGAUGAGAUUGCAAAGUUAGAGAAGGCAAAGCGAGCCCAUCCAAACUCAGAAAGCAUGAUCCCAAGACGACUUCAAAGCAAGGCUGUAGAAUUGGUCCAGCAGUUGCAGAACCGGAAUAAGCACUGUUCCUAUGUGCAUUUGCUCAAUUAUUAUUGUCCUGCAGAGCGUAUUGGACCGUGGAAACUCGGCCCUGAGCCGUUCGAUGAUAACAAGCUGUCAGCAUCAGAGUCUUUGAUCACUCAACCACGACUUUCCUGCCAGCAGGCAUCUUCUUCAAUUCCGGAUGGUAGUCCCUCGGUAGAUCCAAAUAUCAGCGACAUGCCAAAAAUACAAGCACCGAAGAUCAGCUUGACCGACUACGCGACGCCUGCCUCAUCUGUCUCCGCCUUCUGCAGAGCUGUCUUGAAGAACCUGAUUCCCCCUCAAUUCUACGGAACUGGUCAGAACAGAAUUCUGCAUCAAGAGAAGAUCUUGAAGCAUGUCGAUCAAUUCGUGCAAAUGCGGCGUUUCGAAAACCUGAGUCUUCAGGAUGUCACUUGUUUACCUUGGCUUGAGCCUCCUUCCAAUACAAGACAAGCAUUCAAUCCCUUACCACACAAGCUGUCGAGGUCCGACUUCGAGAAGCGAACGGAGCUACUUCAUGAGUUUGUGUACUACCUGUUCGACUCAAUCCUAAUACCACUCAUCCGUGCCAACUUCUAUGUCACCGAGUCUCAGUCUGGUCGAAACCGUUUGUUCUAUUUCCGGCACGACGUUUGGUAUCAGCUGACUGAAAGACCGAUACUUGAGCUCAAGGCUGGCGUUUUCGAAGAGUUGGAGCCAGCCACAGCCCAGCGUGUGGUAGAGAAGAGAUUAGAGAAGAGCGGUAUGGGAUAUGGCUCCUUACGACUCUUACCUAAAUCAACGGGCAUUCGCCCUCUCUUAAAUCUCAAGCGAAAACCGGUACUAGCGGGCCACGCAAAAUCCGGUAAAUUCUGGAGUGUCAAUUCGGUUGUUGCCCCGAUUCAUAGCAUGCUCCAGUACGAGAAGACACGAGCGCCGUCCAAACUAGGCUCGUGUGUGCAGUCAGUUGGGGAGAUUUAUUCCCAAUUGAAGAACUUCAAAAGAUACCUACAGAAUCAGGGCUCAGUGCCUCCAUUGUACUUUGUCAAACUCGAUAUCCAGUCUUGCUUUGAUACAAUCCCUCAGCAAAGCCUGGUCCAUCUUAUUGAAAGGUUGAUCACUGAAGCCGCCUACCAUUAUACCAAGCACGUCGAAAUGACGCCGUCUGAUGAGUUCAACAUCCUGUGGCCAUCGCACGAACGACCAAGCAAGGCUAGGCGGCGAUUUGUCGGUAGAGCAGCCCCUGCUGCAAGGCCACAGCACCUGGCAGAGGCGGUGACCAACGGCGAGACCAGCCAGAGGCGAAACACCGUCUUUGUCGACACGCUCAUGCAGAGAGAAUUCAAUGCGGAAGAUUUACUCGACCUCCUCGAUGACCACGUGCGAAACAAUCUAAUUAAGUUCGGGCGGAAUUACUUUCGGCAAUGCAAUGGCAUUCCCCAGGGCUCAGUGUUAUCGAGCAUGCUGUGUAACCUAUUCUAUGCAGACAUGGAGCAGCAAGUACUUGGAUUCCUGCAGUCCGACAAUGCUUUACUGGUUCGCUUAGUUGACGACUUCCUACUCGUCACCACCGAGUCCUCACUGGCUAUGCGUUUUCUCCAGGUGAUGAUCCCCGGGCAGCCUGCCUAUGGCGUCUCAGUCAAUCCAGCCAAAAGCCUGGUCAACUUCGCCGCCGCUGUGGAGGGGAUUCAGGUCCCGCGUCUCGUGGAUACUCGGCUCUUCCCUUACUGUGGAUGUCUGAUCGAUACCCGUUCUUUAGAGAUCUACAAGGAUCAUGAGCGCAAUCUGGAAGGGGGGCAAUCCGUCGCCACUAGUCUCUCGAACUCGCUCACGGUCGAGCUGACGCGAGUACCGGGCCGGAAUCUUCACCGCAAACUGCUGGGGUCCUUCAAGCUGCUCAUGCAUCCCAUGUACUUGGAUCGGCAACACAACACGAUUGGGGUGAUCCUGUCGAACCUGUAUGCAAACUUCGUCAUAUCGGGAAUGAAGAUGUACCGAUACUUGAAGUCAUCCGGGCAGAUGCACCCAGCCCCCGAGGUGGUGAUUCGAAUCAUUCGAGACAUGAUACACCUAGCCACGCGCAUGGUCCAAGCCCGACGUGAGGCGAACGUACCAGCCGCAGCUGGUCGCGGGGUGCAUCAGUGCGAGGUUGAAUACCUGGCUGCCGCGGCCUUCCGGUUCGUGCUGGGACGCAAGCAAGCCCGAUACGCGCGGGUGUUGGGCUGGCUGGAUGUCAUUCUCCGAGAGAGCCAGCCCAAUUCCCAGACCCAGGCCUGGCAGCUGGGGCAGGUGGUGCGAACCGGCAAUGCGACAUAUGGCGGCUGGAAGUUCUAG